CAUUACAUGUGUGUCUAUAUAAUAAGAGAGUGGACGGUCAUCAGGAAACGUUACCACACAAGAAUAUAAUAUUCGUUAACACCACUGGUCUGAUAUUCACUAUGACAUCACACGGUACAGUACCGUUUACCAUUCUUACGUGUGUCAGCGUUGCUCUAGUGUCUGGCGACGAUGCAUCAAUGACGACAAUGCCAUCUUCUGUGGACACGCCCAUCCCAAUUCCGAUCAUGGACUGGCAAGAUCCCGGCCCAUUUCGUGGUUUGGCCGUGUAUUCCGACCCUCCCGAUGCCUGAUGGGGUGUCGGUUUGGCAACGCCCCGUCUGACUGUACGUGUCCACGUCGACCAGAAUAUACCUGUGCUCAAUUGAAAUGUACAGAUGACAAGGUGUGUAAGGUGUUGUUUGGCCGAUUCCCCCGCUGUGUUAGAGAACAGGGAGUUUGCGAACUGAGCAAGGACGCAGGGACAUGUUCAGAGCUGGUGCACCGUUUCUACUACAACAAAGCCACCCGAAGGUGCGAGGAGUUCCACUAUGGCGGCUGCGGGGGAAACGAAAACAACUUCCGGAACAAGAGGGCGUGUAUGAGAACCUGUAGGAAGAGAGGCGCCUUCUUUAACAGACCUUAACAUUGUAACUGUAGUAAAUCCAUGCUUUACUUGAAUUCCAUGUAGACCAGAGCCAUAUUGUCGUAUCCACAUAAAGUUGAUCACACGUCAUGCAUCAUUGCCAAAAAUUGAAAAAUAACUUGAGUAUUGUCUUGAAUAUUGUCCAUCAAUCGUUUUACAAUAAAAUGUGUUAAUUUUG